AUCCGUCAGAAAAAAAAUACUACAGGCAAACCCCUCGGUAAGCAAACAAAAAUGCAACUGUCAGCGAAUGCACGGUGGAUGUCAAAAACCAAAACAUUCUACAUGCAGUUCUUGUUCAACUUUCUUCACAAAUUGUAGCUGAACCUUCAAAAUUGGCGCAACACAAACAUCGACACGGCCCAGAAGCAACAGCGCAAGCAAGCUUCGUCGAAAGCCGCCUCCGCCGCCGCCGCCAACCCGAACCAGCAGAAUGGCUAUUGGGCGGUACCAACAUCUGCACAAGCGGACCUGCAUCGGCAUGGUGCCGCUGUUUUGCUGCUUCCUGGCCGGUGUGUGCCUGACGGUGCUGAUCGGUGGAACGCGACAAACGUGCGAAUCGAUGGGGGCACGGGUGUACGAACCGGAGAAUUCCUAUUUUCUUAUGUUGCUGAUAGUGAGCGCACCGGGCAAUGUGGAAAGACGGAACGCCAUCAGGGAAACCUAUUUGAAUCUGAGGCCACGGAUGUUGAACGAGAGCUACCAGGAGGAGGCGAUCUAUGUGCCGCUGUAUGAGGAGGGAACGGGACAACUGCUGAUGGAGAGUGUCCAGAAGCAACGGGAAUUACUGGAAGGUUAUCGGAGGUGGCAGCUAAAGAAGGUGAAAAACAUAAAAGUGAUUAAUUUCAAGGUGAAAACGCUGUUUGCUGUAGGGACGUAUGGACUGUCUCGGAGCGAAAGGAAAACCAUUUACGAAGAACAGCGAGUGUACAAUGACGUUUUGGAGUUGGAGGAUCUGCAAGAUUCGUAUGGGAAUUUGACAACGAAAAUCAUCCAGAGCAUGACUCACAUUGAUAAAGUGUACGAUUUCAAGUAUUUGAUGAAAGUGGAUGACGACAGCUAUCUGAAGUUGGACUUGAUAUCGGAGGACUUGCUCAGCUAUUACGAAAAGCUGCAUCAGGUACGAUCGAGACAUCACAAUCCGAUAGAACUAUACUGGGGUUAUUUCAAAGGGGCAGCCACCGUUCAACAACGCGGCCAAUGGAAAGAAUCCAAUUAUAAGCUUUGCGAUCGUUAUCUCCCAUACGCUCUGGGAGGGGGUUAUGUGUUAUCUAAAAACCUUGUCACGUUUAUCGCCUCUUAUGGCUUAUCACUCAGCGCGUUCAAAAGCGAAGAUAUGGCUGUAGGCACUUGGCUGGCCCCGUUCGGCAACAUCCAUCGGCGGCACGAUGUGCGCUUCGAUACGGCUUGGAUGCCGCGGAAAUGCCAACCCUACCAUCUGGUGCUCCACAAACGGACGGCCCACCAGAUGAAGGAAAUCUACGACGGUCACCAGCUGUGUCACAACGAGGAACAACCAUCGCAGCCCCAGGGUCCAAAAGAGUACUUUUAUGAUUGGAGCGUCCCACCAUCCCAGUGCUGCAAGACGUUUGUGUAGUAGAGAGAAGGUAGCAAGCAACAAAACAGUCGUUUACCAGUAUUUUACUUUCGGACCAGCACCUAGUUUUUAGUUUAUUUAAUACAAUAAUGUGAUGGCAAGCAAGUGCAGCAAAAUCGUCCCCUACAAUAUAACGAUUUAGAUAUCUAUUACUGUAAUGCAGCUUUGAACGGUAUAGACAUUAAGGCUGAUACGAUUUGUAAAUAUACUUAAUUGAUGAAGAUAACCGAAGUAGAUGCAGCAAUCGUUUCCCCCCAUAGAUAAGAGAGAGAGAGAGUCGUAAUGAAAAAUCCAUUAGUUAUUAAAUAUAAUAUUUUCAAAACGAG